AUUUAAGCAUCAUGAACAAAAUAAUACUAAUGGGACCAUUCAACUAAUACACUUUUUAGGGUGGAAAGGUUUAUACCUAAUCCAUCUCAUCAACUCCUCUCAUAUGACAAAUGAAGUAUUCAACUUCUCUCCAUUUUAAUCACACAUAUAUAUACUCUCAUCAAUGUUCUUGAUUAUCCAUCAACUUCAUUCCAUACAAAGUACAUCAUAAACAAGAACUCCUCUAUAUCUCUUCCAUCAAUUUCUUCAACCAAUUAUGGCAUUUCAAAAUUCCAAUUAUUUUCAACUCAAAGCCAUUAUCUCAUCCCUAUUCAUUCUAGCUCUCACAAUAACAUUUGCUACAGCAGGUCGAAUCCUUGAUGAAGAAGUAGCCACCCCCAGCGUAGCACUAGAAAAUCCUGAUCCUAUCGAUCAGGCACCAGUUUCAGGGGCAACUGGAGGUGGUGCAACUGCAGUAGGUGCAGCACCUGCAGAUACGGCAGCAGGUGCUGCUGUAGCCGGUGGAGGUGGCACUGGCACUGGUGCUGGUGCUGGUGCUGGUGCUGGUGCUGGUGCUGGUGUUGGUGCUGAUGAUCAUACAUUUUCCUUUUUCAUGCACGAUAUCCUGGGAGGAUCAAAUCCUUCAGCUAUAGCCGUUACAGGAAUCGUAACAAACCCUGCAGUGAGCGGCCAAGUCCCUUUUGCAAAACCAAACGGAGCUGUUUUAGCAGUUAACAAUGGUGUCCCUACUAACAACGCCAACAGUGGAAUCAUCAGCAACAACAAUAUCCCUUUCCUUACAGGCCUAAGUGGCACAACAUCUAAUUUUAUUAAUGGAAACAGCAUAAUAGGAGGAGGUAACGGUUUGCCAGCAAUAAAUUUGCAACAAUUAGGAUCAGGAAUUAGUUUCCAGAAGCUAAUGUUCGGUACAUUGACUGUAUUCGAUGAUGAAUUAACCGAAGGACACGAGCUGAAUUCAGGUUUAAUUGGGAAAGCUCAAGGAUUUUACGUCGCUAGUUCUGAAGAUGGGUUGAGUCAAACGAUGGCAUUUACUGUAAUGUUUAAGAGUGGAAGUUAUGCAGAUAGUUUGAGUUUUUUUGGUGUUCAUAGAAUGGGAGUUUCGGAAUCACAUCUUGCUGUUAUGGCUGGCACUGGAAAGUAUGUUAAUGCUAAAGGAUUUGCUACUGUUAAGACAUUUCCAGCUACUAAUCAGUUGCAAGAGACAGAUGGUGUGGAGACUGUGUUGCAUAUUACUGUGUAUCUUGCUUAUUAGUAUGAUUAAUUUGUGAUUUGCUUGUAAUUCUGGUGUGUUUGCUAAGUGAUUGGAUGAAAAAAAAAAAGUUGUAACUUUUGUGUUCUUUAAAAAUUGUUGUAAUUAAAAAGGUUAAGCUCCAAUUUGGAUUG